GCAGAGCAUAUCGGUUACCUUUCUUCAUUUGGCAGGCUAUGGCAGACAGACAGGUGGUUCACUGGUGGGAAUAUAGAACCGUGCCCCGAUUGGCUAAUACGAUCUCCCUCUCCAUCCCUAUCGAUGCAUGCUGGUCAUUGUAUUGAUAACCUACUCGCGUAUUCCUUCGCAUCUAGCGUCUUCCCUUUGGCUGGAGAAAUAUUAGGCUACAUUCAUUCAGAGUGUAGCCGUUAUCAUAGUGAAUAAUAGGGGAGGAAGGCAGACAACAUGACCAUCAGAAACGUACGGGAUCAUGGGCAGAGGUUCCGACCGAGGAUGGCAUGUCUCAAAAAGGUGGAGUCUGUGAUGCUGGAGAUGCAGGAUCCAAAGACUGGAGUCAAGUCACAACCCCAGAGACUGGUUAUCACUACUAUACCUCACGCUAUCACAGGUGAAGACAUUGUGGCAUGGCUAACCAACCGCUACAGUAUAGAGGCAGAAGAGGCGUGGGCUCUGGGCACCAUGUUGGUGGCAUUUGGGUACAUCUACCCCCUCCAGGAUCAUAAGCGACUAGUCAUCAAACCAGACGCGUCUCUCUACCGCUUUCAGACACCAUACUUCUGGCCAGCCCAGCAGUGGCCUGUAGAGGACACAGACUAUGCAAUAUACCUGGCUAAGAGAAAUAUCCGCAAGAAAGGAAUACUGGCGCUGUAUGAACAGGUGCAGUAUAACAGUCUUCACAAGUGGAUGAAUCAUAAGUGGGACUUCAUUGUGAUGCAGGCUAAAGAACAGUACAGGGCGGGGAAGGAGAGGAAAAAGCCGGAUCGCGUGGUGUUUGACUGCCAGGAGAGAGCCUACUGGGUGGUACACAGACCUCCGCCAGGGACCGUCAGUGCAAUGGACUACGGACUUGAACGCAUGGUAGACCCCAACACAGAGGAGAAACAAACUUCAGACUUCUUCAGAAGAAUUAUGAUUUUUACGCAGCAGUCCAUCAUGAGGCCGAGGGUCAAGUCAUCUGUGUCUAUCGGAGCUCUUGUGAAGUACUCUGUCACCUAUAAUAAGCACGACCCUUUCCUAGCCCCCUGUCUCCCUAGCAACCCCUGGGUAACUGAUGAUGUCACCUACUGGUUUCUCAACAUGGCGAAUGUGGGAAUUCCUACUAAGAUGCGUGUGGAGAGGUGGACCUUCAGUUUUGGGGAGCUGCUCUCUGACCCUCGAGGCAGAGAUGACUUCAGACUCUUCCUCAAGAAGGAGUUCAGCGGUGAGAACCUGGCGUUCUGGGAGGCAUGUGAGGAUCUGAAGUGGGGAACAGCCGCUACCAUGAAUGACAAGGCCCAGCAGGUCUACAAGACUUUCCUGACGCGUGGCGCCCCCCGGUGGAUCAACAUUGAUGGGAAGACCAUGGAGGUGACAGUUAAAGGGUUGAAACACCCUCACAGAUACGUACUGGAUGCAGCUCAGACACACAUCUUCAUGCUGAUGAAGAAGGUCAGAUUCUUUUUCGGGCGGUACCUGAAGUCUCCAGUGUUUAAGGACACUCAGAAGAUGGCCAUCUGUCCUGACCAACACAUGUUCAGUGUGCCCCAGUUGGAGGCCAAUGCGAGGAAGCGUCGACCCAGCAUCAGUCCCAUCAUCGUCCGCCAGCUGGAGCAGGAGGAGAGAGCCAGGAUGGCCACCAGUGGCCCUGUGGACAUCACACAGGUCAUGAGCAAACUCAGCAACAAGGGCAAGGAGGUGCCCCCGUCCAAGAAAUAGACCAUAGACCCACUCACAUGUAUAGACAUGAAUACACACACUUCUAUAAGCACAAACACAAGCAACCACUUACACACAAACACACACACACACACACAGAAUACACACCAGCUGAAAUCUAAGCAAUGUAGUUGCUUCCUUUUACAUAUAGUUUUGAGUACAGCAAAGUUGACAAAUAGUGAGCAUUUGAAAUGAAAUGUACUGUUUUGAAUUUCUAUCAACUGUAUGCUGCCAUGGCCAGUGUAGCAUACACACAUCAGACAAAACAGCUGGAAGAGCAGUUAUGUCUAUCAGUCUGACUGUCAUUAGAACGCAAUACUACCCCAGACACAAGGGUUUAAAACCAUUGAAUGUUUCAAGUUAUUAAGUGUUUUAGUCUUGAUGGUAUGCCUCACUCACUGAGCAGUAUCACCUGUCUCACCUGUAUCUCAUUUUCUCUCACCUGUCAUCAGCAUGUUCUACCUAUAGGGACACAUCUGUGUCGUUCCACCAAUAGAGUGCCUUUUAUGUCCCUCAUACAUUAUGUGUGUACAUUUUGAUAAAACAUUCCAUUUAACAGUUGGAUCACAUACAUCUACGUUCUAACUUACACAACAUUACCUAAAGUGGCCUGAAUCGCAGUCUGCGCUCCAAUUCAUCCCAAAGGUGUUCGAUGGGGUUGAGGUCAGGGCUCUGUGCAGGCCAGUCAAGUUCUUCCACACUGAUCUCAACAAACCAUUUCUGCUUGGACCUCACUUUGUGCACUGGGGCAUUGUCAUGCUGGAACAGGAAAGGGCCUUCCCCAAACUGUUGCCACAAAGUUGGAAGCACAGAAUCAUCUAGAAUGUCAUUGUAUGCUGUAGAAUUACGAUUUAUCUUCACUGCAACUAUGGGGCCUAGCCUGAACCAUGAAAAACAGCCCCAGACCAUUAUUCCUCAUCCACCAAACUGUACAGGUGAUGGUGAUCUUAGGCUUGUGUGCGGCUGCUCGGCCAUAAACCCAUUUCCCGACAAACAGUUGCUGACGUUGCUUCCAGAGGCAGUUUGGAAAUCGAUAGUGAGUGAUUAUUUUUACACGCCACGUACCUCAGCACUCGGCAGUCCCAUUCUAUGAGCUUGUGUGACCUACCACUUUGCGACUUAGCCGUUGUUGCUCCUAGAUGUUUCCACGUCACAAUAACAGCACUUACAGUU